AUGUCGGAAAACGAGUUUGACAACUCGCGCUUGGCAGAUUCAACAAGCGCUGCUGUGAACAUUCCUGAGUUUCGUACCGCUGGAGACGACAAAAUCCUUCAGGACAAGGGGUUUGACGGAGCAUUCCUCACCAUCUCUUCCGUGCCGAGAUCUACUCUUCCUGAGUAUACCUUAUACAAGCGGCGGUUCAUUGCUUUGGCUCAGCUGUCGUUGCUCAACAUCAUCGUAUCGUGGUGCUGGCUCACCUUUAGUGCAUCAUCCACUACUACUGCCCAGUAUUUCGGUACCAGCGAAUCCAACGUGAACUGGCUGUCAACGGGAUUUCUAUUCGCCUUCGUCGCAGCAAGCCCGGCAACAUUAUGGACGCUUAACCGAGGUCCUAAGCCUGCCAUGUUGACUGCAAGCGUCUUACUAAUUGUGGGAGUAUGGAUCCGAUACGGCGCUGCGCGUCUUGGCCAAAGGGAUUCCUCCGCUUUCGGUUUGCUCGUCUUUGGACAAGUAAUCAUCGGAUUGGCCCAACCAUUUGUGCUGAUCGCACCGACGAGAUUCAGUCACCUGUGGUUCUCCGAAAAGGGCAGGAUAACGGCAACAGCUGUCGCCAGUCUAGCUAACCCUCUCGGAGGAGCCUUGGCCCAGCUGAUUGGACCCCUCAUCUUGACAGACCCAAGCAAGACCCCUCAGCUAGUACUUUACGUGGCGAUCAUUACGUCGGCUAUCUGCAGUCUGACUAUCUGGGUUCCAGCGGCUCCUCCGACACCCCCCUCUGCUUCAUCCAUCAUACAGUCGGAUCCCUUAACCUUGACCGCGGUGAAGACCACGUUGCGAAACUCAUCUUUCCACCUGCUGGUAUGGGCAUUCAUGGUCUACGUGUCAGCCUUCAACGCCACUUCCUCACUGUUGAACCAGAUUCUCGAGCCGUACGGAUACACGGAAAACGAGGCAGGAAUCGAUGGUGCGGUGCUCAUCGCUGUAGGCUUGGUUUCCUCCGCCAUUGCCUCACCCGUCAUUGAUCGAUUCCCUCGACUGCGCCUUCCCGUCAUCAAGAUUUGCGUCUUUCUCAUAGGUAGCAUGUACCUCGCUCUCAUCUUCGUUCCUGCAACUCGGACAAUGGCAGCGCCAUACGCCGUAUCAGCCAUUAUUGGAUCGGCAUCGUUCAUCAUUCUCCCUCUGGCUCUUGAAAUGAUGGUGGACGCUUGCCAUCCUAUCGGACCAGAACUAAGCAGCACAAUAGCCUGGGCUGUUAGUCAACUUGGCGGAGGGAUUUUCAUCGUUGUCAUGAACGCGUUGAAAGCGGGUCCCAACGCGUCGCCGCCGUACACCAUGAGAUAUGCUUUAGUGUUUCAAGCCGCAAUCGCGUGGGUCGUGCUUCCACUUCCGAUGAUGCUCGGCGUCCCUAGAUUCAAAAUAGUGUAG